AUGAUUGGAACUUUGGGUGGUAAACCUCUUGUGAAUCUCGGUCUCGCGUGGAAGAUGUGCUUAGUAACUGCUCCGAGAACAGCAGCAUGUUUCAUCCCGAAUAACAUUUAGUGUUUUAUCAAAUCGGAACGGUACUGUCGGUGAGACAUACGCAUGUGUGCACUGAUCCUUCUGCAAGGUCAGACGAAAACUGAAAAGAGCCAAAACAUACAGAAACUAGAAGAUUAGCAGUCGAAAAAGAGGACGACUUGUGCAAAAUCGAGCAUCGAAGAAGCAAAAGUGUGAAUGUUGUGACCUAAUACCAUCGGAAAAAAGUGAUUUUCGUUAAAGUGUAUCAAUUCGAAAGAAAAACUGUCGCCAAUAGACUUUUUUGUUAGUCAAAAAAAUCUUUUUUAGAAAAGUCCCAAAAUGUGUGAAGAUAAAAAUCGCAGUUCGUUGUGAUAACAGAACAUUAAAAAACUAAUAGUGAUUUACUGAAGAACAGGAACGUUUCAGUAAGAAUAAGUAAAAAUGAGACGGAGAAAAAAAUAUUGACUUUGCACCAGUGCAGCAAGAGAAGAAAACCAAUUCGAACUCAGAUCGGUGCUAAUCGCUCUCAUUGCUCAACUGCUUGCACAGAAACAGAAAAUUGUGGUGCCUCAAUAUCGGUGAUAAAAACGUGCAACAAAUGUCUCAAACCGUAGCCACGAGGCACUUCGUGACGCCUGGGAAAUGAAGAAAAGCAAACAAAUAGUGGGUGGUUGCUGAUUUGCAUAAUUUCAAGGCACUCUCCACUUGAUUGAUGUUUAACACCGGCAAAUGCGAUAAAUGGUGCUAGAGUGAUUCGGCUGGUGAAAAUAUUGGAGCAAAAACAAGGCGGAGAAGACCAACUAACUUUACGAAUAUCGGGCUGCAUUAGUGACUUAAAAUAAACGACUCAGGAUGACGAUCCAGACAAGGUACAGCUGGAUGAUGAAAUGGAAAAGGUGUUCGGAUCGGUCGGUACCGAUAAGGAGAAAUUUGAACUGAAGCGCCUGAAUGACGAAGUACUUGUGGACAAUUCUCCGCUAAAGUUCGACGAAUCACAUCGCUCCUUGGAUAACCACCCACUCAUUCCGCCAUCCAAUCGUCGCCCAAUGGAUACCCCUACGGGCGGUGGCAGUGGUUCACACGAUAGCGACAACAAUAACAAAGAUGGCGGUGGCGACGGCUCGCUGCCAGGGACCACUCCGACCAGUCCCAUUUCGAUUUCAUCGAAGAGUGGAACCAAACCGUCCAAUGAUACGACACUGGCGGACAAUUCGUCUAAUGAUUUCAGCGAAGCCGUGCAGGAUGAGCCACUGGUGGACCAGGGAACCUUGCAGGGAGAACAGUGGGAUAAUAGUGCUAGACGAAACGUUCAUUUCGACAACAAGGAUCGACCAACUCAGUUUGAAGGAUUACAGAUUGAAGAUACCAAUGAAGAACGUCGACGGCGCUCUGAGCGCCACCAUCCCCACAAAUCAAGAAAGUACUCGUUGCAAGAAUAUCACCCCGAGUGGCGUCGCCAGAGUGGAACCGAGGGUAGCUCAUCCACAAGACGCGUUUCCGUACAGCCCGAAGAUGCAACGCUACAGGAGGCAGACAUAGACGAACUAACCUCACACCGCUCGGACGACCCUCGCGCGCUUCGCCGCCAUAAGGUGAGCGCUCAGUCCCAGAGCAGUGGGGCCGCGGUGGUCAACAUCAACCGCAAGGAAGGCGACAAAUUGCAGCAUCUUCUUCCGACGAAUAAAUUCAAAAAGCUCUACGACCAUAGCCCACACGAAGUAUUCGUCCAGUUGGACGAGUUAACGGGAACCGGCGAAGAUCGCGAGUGGAAGGAGACAGCUCGUUGGAUCAAGUACGAGGAAGACGUCGAAGAAGGUGCCGAUCGCUGGGGUCGUCCGCAUGUGGCCUCGUUGUCGUUUCAUUCGCUGCUGAAUCUACGUCGUUGUCUGGAGACGGGCGUCGUCCUGAUGGACCUGGAAGAAAAGGACUUGCCGUCGGUGGCAUACAGGAUUGUCGAACAGAUGGUUAUCGAUGAGUUGAUUCACGAGGAUGACAAACCAGUGAUCAUGCGUGCACUGCUGCUGAGACAUCGCCAUGUCAAUGAACAUUCUCACAACGGAUUUCAUUUCGGGCCGAAAAGAAAGUAUAGCAGCUAUAGCAGUUUGCAGUCGCUAUCUUUACGAGCAGAAGAUGGCAACGGUGAGGUUAUUGUCGGUGUACGUAGACUUAACUCGUUCGUAAGUCCUACCCAAAGCUACACUCUAAGUCCUCAAUCGCUACAUCCCAAUCACAGUCCGAAUCUAGCGCUUGAUAGCCUUCAAAACAACCAUCAUAGACAGCACCACCCACGGCACCAAGUACAAAGACAGCCUAGCAAUGGGAGCACUACCGGUGGAAACGGCCAACAACAGUACUGCCAUCAACCUUCCCAGCAGCAUCAGCGCCACAAACGUACCGGAAGUCAUGAUAGCAGCAGUACUGCCGGUAGUGUCCCACCGGUAGCCAUAACCACGGUCACCAGCGCCGUCGGUAUGCGACGAAAUAAUUCACCUUUAUCGCUGACAGUUGUAAAUGAAAUAAUGAUCAAUAACGUGCCUCACAACCAAGCAAAAGAAUGCUCUCAAACAACUUCUCUGAGUGUUGACGAUAAGAAACCUCGUAUCGUGCCAUCGAAUGAUAUCCACGGGCAUGGCCACGGUGAAACGAAGAUUAACAUGCAGGAGGAAACGUACACCUCGUCGCAAGAAGACAUCAAGAUGCGCUCGCAGAAGGAAUCAAUCCUGAAGAGAAUUCCAGAGGGUGCCGAGGCCACAACGGUACUGGUGGGUGCGGUGGAUUUCCUUGAGCAACCCACGAUUGCCUUCGUCCGGUUGGCGGAAGGUAUCCCGAUGCCGAGUAUCACGGAAGUACCGAUACCGGUGCGUUUUCUCUUCAUUCUACUGGGACCACAAAGCGCCGAACUAGAUUACCACGAGGUGGGUCGUUCUAUUGCCACACUCAUGUCCAAUGAGCAUUUUCACGAUAUUGCAUAUAAAGCGGACGACCGUCGGGAGCUAUUGUCGGCCAUCAAUGAGUUCUUGGAUGAUUCGAUUGUGUUGCCUCCGGGCAAGUGGGAACGCCAGGCACUGCUGCCUUUCGAUGAGUUGAAAGCCAAGAGUGAUAUGAUUCGUUUGAGAAAGAAAAAGGCUAUCGACGAAAAGAUCAAGAACAAACAUGCACAACUGACGAGCGAAGAGGAGAAAAAACUGUUAGCUGCAGCCGAUGGGGACGGGAAGAAACCUUCGAAAAAUCCCCUGGAAAAGACUAACCGUUUGUGGGGAGGACUGAUCAAUGAUAUUAAACGAAGAUAUCCGAUGUAUAUGAGUGAUAUUAAGGAUGGACUGAAUACGGAAACACUGGCAGCUACUAUAUUCAUGUACUUCGCGGCCCUUUCUACGGCAAUUACGUUUGGAGGUUUAGCGUCGGAUAAAACCCACAAUCUGAUAGGCAUUUCGGAAACAUUGAUUUCAGCAUCAAUGGUUGGACUUGUGUUUCAUUUACUUUCGGGGCAACCGUUGGUUAUCAUUGGUACCACUGGUCCGCUACUCCUUUUUGAUGAAGCGCUCAAUGAGUUCUGCAUCGCGAAUAACAUAAGUUUUUUGACAGUGCGAGUAUAUAUUGGCGUUUGGUUGGCAUUCAUUUCUUUGGUUGUGUCAGCCUUUGAAGGAAGCGUUUACGUACGACUUUUUACUCGUUUCACACAAGAAAUAUUCUCUGCUUUGAUCACACUGAUCUACAUCGUCGAAACUGUUAUGAAACUGGUCUACGUUUACGGUCGACAUCCGCUUCUGGCAGAGUACCAGUACAAAGAUGUAGCAAUCUCGCCGCAAACAUUGCAAGAAUCUGACUCAAAUACCACUCUCAGUACAUCUGUCGAUCUUGUAGCAGAAAGCCUAACAGCGAUCGUCAACAGCACCAUUGCUCCCACGGUAGAUAACCUGUUGAUCCCUGCCGACGCAAUCGGGCCCAAAAACCAGCCGAAUACAGCCUUAUUCUGCACAAUCCUUACGCUUGGAACAUUUUCCCUUGCCUAUUAUCUUAAACUGUUUAGAAACUCACACUUCUUGGGACGUAAUGCUCGUCGCGCUCUGGGUGAUUUCGGUGUUCCGAUUUCGAUUGCCCUUUUCGUACUAGUCGAUUAUAUGAUCCCACAGGUUUACACCGAGAAGCUCAGUGUUCCAGAAGGCAUCUCGCCAAGUGAUGAAAGCCGUCGUGGAUGGAUCAUACCACUGGGUGGAUUACCAAAUUGGAUGCCAUUUGUUGCAGGUGUGCCGGCUUUGCUGGUGUACAUUUUGAUCUUUAUGGAAACCCACAUUUCCGAACUGAUCGUUGACAAACCAGAACGAGGGCUGAAGAAGGGCUCUGGUUUGCACAUGGAUAUCGUGUUGCUAUGCUUCCUCAACACAGUAUGCGGCUUCUUUGGUAUGCCAUGGCACUGUGCCGCCACCGUGCGUUCGGUGACCCAUGUUUCCGCCGUGACGAUCAUGUCAAGAACACACGCUCCUGGCGAUUCUCCACAUAUAACUGACGUCAAAGAGCAACGUAUUUCCGGUUUCUUUGUUUCCCUAAUGGUGGGACUAUCUGUCACAAUGGCCCCAAUUCUGCGACUUAUUCCAAUGUCUGUACUAUUCGGGGUCUUCCUCUAUAUGGGUAUCGCUUCGAUGAGUGGUGUACAGUUCUUUGAAAGAUUGCGACUGUUCUUCAUGCCGGUUAAGCAUCACCCACAGGUGCCAUUCGUACGUCGAGUACCAUCCUGGAAAAUGCACAUCUUCACGACGGUUCAGGUCCUUGCGCUGGCCAUGUUAUGGGGCGUCAAAUCAUCGGCCUUCUCGUUGGCUUUUCCGUUCUUCCUAAUUAUGAUGGUACCAAUUCGGAAGCAAAUGGAAAGAUUGUUCAGCCCCCUGGAACUAAGAGCGCUGGACGGAAGUCAACCCAAUGAAGGAGCGGAAGAUGAACCAGAUUUCUACGAGCAAGCUCCAAUUCCUGCUUAAGCCUAGUAAUUUUAGGAGAAAAAAAAACUAUACACAAAACGAACUAGAGCUUUGUUGAAUUGUGUUUUGAUUUGCUGUUUGUCGUUAUGUUUGAAAAGAAACGUACAUGUUUAGCAAAAUGUUUUACAUAUUUACAACUAAUAACGACUGAAUCAUCAGUAUGGAAAAGUAACGUCUGGAAACACAAAUCGACUAAACAAUGUGUUUGUACGCGAAACAUCUCGAUCGGACAAAACUUCUAUGAAGUACAAUAUUUCUUUUUUUUUACUGUUUGUUGGCACCACACCGAAACUUGAGCGGUAAGAGUCUAUAUACAUUUUUUCUAUAAAUACUUUUUGACUAUUGAAACUAUUAGUGUUACACGUACAUCGCUCUAAAUGAAAUUAAGGAAACUUAAUCAAGGAUGUUCUGUCGAAGAAUAUUUAAAAAAAUACAAUUGUUAAUAUUUGACUACUUUUUAACUAAAAUUUAAUGGAAACAUUUGAACAAUAUAAGCGAACCCACUUAAUAUACUAGAUAUAGUUGAAAAUACUUAAAAAGUAUAAAUCUACAAAGACGGCCACAUGAAUAUUACAUUUGGUAACAGAUGAACUAUAUGGACAACCUCUGAAAGAAUGUGCAACAAUCUGUGAUCAGUAUUAUUUACAAGAGACAUACUUAACCAACGGCCCUGUACAAAAUCAGCAAACUUAUGAUUUCAGAACUACACAAAGCGAGAGAAAUAAUGGUGCAAAUGAUGAAUAGAAAGGGUACCUACUACAAUCUGGUACGCUGUAAUGAAUUGUACAGGGAGAACCAAUUAAUAGAGCGAUAUUUUGCAAUACAAAUGUGCACGAGGAUUGCACAGCAGUUGUUAGAAUGAGUAUCAUCAAACGAGAGCGCGUCCCUAAUAGAAUAAUCGAUGCCAUAGUUACUUCAGACUAUCAGACCAUCAAAAUGAUAUAAGAAUGAGUCAAAAUGUGUAGUAGAAAUUUACGAAGAAAAACGUCUUGGCUCCACUCAAAUUCAGCAUAUAAAGUCCAGAAAUAGAUCGAUGUUGAGAUUGGCGCAUGUUCAAUUUACUGACACUUACAUAGAAUACUUAGUUCUUAACAGCUCCUCCAAAACAGAAUCAAAUGAAAAAGAAACCAAUACAGUUGUUAGUGAUUAGUGGAGUUUGGUAGAGUAGAAUAACUCUUCCAAUUAUGAUAGAAACACAAUUUAAUAGACGAUGAUACUUACGAACGCUUAACCUACUAGAGAUUAUAACAAAUAAUCUGAAAGCAAGUGAUACAAAUAAAUGUUUCGAACACAGCA